GAAAUGGAUUCGGAUGAGGAAAAUGCAGCCGAGGCAUCCGAUAGCGAGGCCUACGACUCAUCAGGCCCCCGGCCAGUCAAGAAGAAAAGAAAAGCGGUCGGGAAAGAAGAUGAAGUAGUAGACGCCUGGCAACAGAAGUUUGCAUGCAUGCAGAAGCACGAUUCGCAAUCGGCCGUGGAAAACCCGAACAGCAGGACCAUUGCCGUCCUUCAGCAAAUGCUGGACUACUACACCAGGACCGAUGAUCACUGGCGUAUAUUGGCCUAUCGCAAGGCCAUUAGUGCUCUGCGCAGACAGCCCAAGAAGAUCACCAUCAAGUCGCAGGCCCUGGCUAUCACGGGGAUUGGAGAGCGUCUGGCCGAUAAAAUCGAGGAGAUCGUGUGCACAAACAGACUCCGCCGCCUGGAAAAUAUAAACUCAACGCCUGAAGACCGUGUACUCCAACUGUUCCUGGGUGUCUAUGGGGCUGGAAUUACACAGGCAUCAAGAUGGAUGGCCCAAGGGUACAGAACGUUAGAGGACCUGAAGACCAAAGCGUCCCUCACCAAACAACAACGCGUCGGCGUGGACCACCACUACGAUUUCUCCCAGCGGAUCCCAAGAAAGGAGGUCGAAACGCAUGGAGAGAUCGUACGGAAGGCGGUGCAGCGAGUGGAUUCUAAGAUGCAGGUCAUCAUCGCGGGCUCCUCUCGGCGUGGGGCAGCCGACUGCGGUGAUAUCGACCUACUCAUCACCAAGCCCGAUACGAAUAUCGAGCAGAUCAGAACCAUAAUGCUGGCUCUUGUAGUCCCACGACUCUAUAAACAGGGCUUCCUGCAGGCCAGCUUAGCCAGCACGUCGCGGGACGGGUCCAAAUGGCAUGGGGCGUCUAUGCUCCCAGGCGGUCGCCUUUGGCGACGUAUCGAUCUGCUGUUCGUGCCGGACUCGGAGAUCGGGGCUGCAUUGAUUUACUUUACCGGGAAUGACAUCUUCAAUCGUAGUAUGAGGCUCCUGGCGAGUAAGAAGGGCAUGCGGCUCAAUCAACGAGGCCUCUAUACGGACGUGCUACGCGGACCACAACGGGUCAAGCUGACGGAGGGCCGGCUACUCGAAGGACGCGACGAGCGGCGAAUCUUCUCGAUCCUGGGAGUUCCCUGGCGGCCUCCCGAGCAUCGCAUCUGCUGAUGUGCCCGAAGUUUUCGUGUCGCGGGGGACACGUCGAGCAGAACGGGCUGACGGGUGACAGAUAAUAUUCGGACUGCCGGGAGGGUCUGGUGGCUUUGCAUUUUGCUUUUGUGGGUUGCCAGACCGACUUCUCUCCAUGCGUCAGACGGCUGUAGGUAUGGCGGCAGCCGCGAGGAGGCCUGAAAUUCCCGCAACCAGAGGGUUUGGGAGUGGGUGUGUCAGACAGGUGACGGAGAAUGCAACUACUGUGGCACGCAUUGCAGGUGUAUCGGACUGCUGCUGCUUAUCGGAGAGGGGCCGGGGGUGAAAAGGCGGUCACAACUAGGCGCGCGAUUCAUGUAUCAGUGACCUGGAAGCAUGGAAGAGGAACGGAAUG